AUGCAAGAAACUACUGCCGGCGUAGGCGACGGGGGGCCGGUGCCACUGAUGACCCAAAUGCUUCCUGUUUGUUGUAACGUGGUGCGGGGACGGCUACAGGCCGGUCGCUUGAGUCACAGGUGCCGACCGGUCAGUCGGAUCGGUUGCAGCAAAGGCAGCGAAAGCGACAACCGGUUGACGAUGUCGUUGUCGACGGACGACAAUCGAACGGGUGACAUUAAACGCAGAUGCGGCGCGACCGAACGGCUCUGCUGA